AUGGUCAGCGCAAGCGCGCGGUCCAGGACUACUCGCUACCGCCACAGGGCGGUGUUUAUAAAGAAGAGCAGCGCGACACUCCGGUGGGCACCAGCCAUGGCUUCAAACCCAGACGACACCGUAGACGAAGAGAUUCCCAUCACAAGUGGUCGGUACGACAGUCACGACAACAACAGCAGCAGCAGCAACACGUUUCCCUACCGCCCAGUCCAGGCUCAGCCCGACGUCAUGAUCCCGGAGUACUUCACCCACAUGCCGCUGGUGCGCGACCACCUCAUCACAGACACUUCUGAGAUGCAGGAAAGCACGGCCCAGAUGUGCCUGACGGACAUCUUUAGGCAAAAUGUCCAGAGCGGUGAUACACCACUCAACGAGUUCGGCGUGCCGCACCUCGACCGCAAGCGUCACGCUCGCUUCCUCCACAAGAGCUUGGAGCCACUGCCAGGCAUAUUUGUCGGCUAUGAUCCCAGUCGGCCUUGGUUCCUGUUCUGGUGCCUCAACGGUCUACACUUGCUGGGCGAGGAUGUGACGCCGUAUCGUGCACGGCUGGUCGAGACGGCGCGGUCGAUGCAGAACGCGUCUGGUGGGUUCGGUGGCGGCCACGGGCAGUCAUCGCACCUGGCUACGACGUACGCCGUGGUAAUGGGGCUGGCCAUUGUGGGUGGCGAGGCUUGCUAUGAGGCCAUUGACCGGCGGGCCUUGUGGAAAUGGUUGUGUGCACUUAAGCAGCCGGACGGUGGUUUCCAGAUGUCGGUGGGCGGCGAGGAAGACGUCAGAGGAGCUUAUUGCGCGGCAGUCAUCAUCUCGAUCCUGAACUUGCCUUUGGACUUAAGCCCGGAUUCGCUAGCCUGGACGUCCGACAAGCCAACGCUCUACACGGGGCUUGCUAACUAUGUGCAGCGGUGCCAAACAUACGAGGGCGGCAUAUCGGCACAGCCAGGCUCGGAAGCCCACGGCGGGUAUGCAUUCUGUGCUCUGGGCUGUCUGUCUAUUCUAGACUCACCCAACCGUUCCAUCCCGCGAUACCUCAACGUGCCCCGUCUUGUGUCCUGGCUGGCAUCGCGCCAGUACGCCCCUGAAGGCGGCUUCUCGGGGCGCACGAACAAGCUUGUUGACGGGUGCUACAGCCACUGGGUCGGUGACUGCUGGCCCCUGGUCGAGGCCAGUCUCCAGAGGUCCAGCGACGGCGUACCGAAACCGCCACAUUCUCUGUUCAGCCGUGAAGGCCUGAUCCGCUACAUUCUCUGCUGCUGUCAGGAUGAGACGAAACGCGGUGGCCUCAGAGACAAGCCAGGACGGAUGUCAGACCCGUACCACACCUGCUACGUCCUAUCGGGUCUGAGCUCCGCUCAGCACAAGUGGGAGCUGGUCGACAAACCGGCCACCGAGACGGAUGUGGAGGCAGGCGUCGAUGCAGGGGCCAACGACUACUCCGAACUAGUCUGGAAAGUCUCGCCCUUCCCAUUCUCUGAUGAAGGGGGGAUGCAGGUCUUUGAUGAGGAAGACCGCGUGUCUACCGUGCACCCCAUUUACACCAUUUCAGCCGAACGUGUUGACCAGAUCCAAGCCUACUUCAGGGCUAAGGUUGGCUUCUAA